GGAUCCGUCGUCGAAAGGUCCCAGCGAAAAGGAAAAGAAAUAUGGAGGCCAAAGCCUCACAGAGACGAUAGAAGAGAAAGAGGAACUGAUCUGGGCGUGACAUCUGGUGUAGCCUCCCAGAGAUCCGCCUUUCAUAAAAAUCGUCAACAAUGGGUACCUAAGGAAAAGGUGCCUAUUAUUGACAUUGACAAUAGUCGACACUUUAGAAAAUCAUCUAAGGAAUCCUAUUGCCAACCAACGUCAACCUCUCAAAGAAAAGUUAAUUUUGACCGCACCCCUCCAAUCGAAGAAGUUCAUGUACCACAUGAAGAGCCAGAAAUCUAUUGGAAACGUCGCUCUGAGAUUUCUGUACAAGAAAAAGAUGAUGAUAAAGACACCAUGGAGGUUGAGGUGGUCUACAUGGUGGGAUAUGGUGAUGAGCCACAUCAAACACGUGGCUAUAGACGACGCAAUGAAGCAGUGCCCACUUCUUCUAAAACAACCUCUCAAGAAGAUCAAGUUCAGUACGAGCAGUUAGAAGAAGAAGAAGUCCCUUCAGAUGAUGGACAAAAUGAUGAUCAGGAAGAAGAAGUACUUGCUGAAACAUUGGCACAAGCACAAAGGCGUUUGAAACAUCAAAUGAAGGAAAAAGAUAAGGAGAUAUCAGAGCUGAAUAGCAAGAUGACAGAAAUGAUGGCACAGAUGACUGCGAUGAUGCAGUUAAUGCAAAAGAACGUCCUUACUACUCCUGCACUUGCUCAGCCAGUUGAUCGUCAAAAUCAACCAGUUAAUCAGCAGAUAUCAAGUAGUAUUCCUACUAAUCUACCAACCAACUCAAUACCCAAGGUGUCCGGAAUACGAACCGGAAAUGAAGAAGAAAAUGAGGCUGAUCAACCUGUUCAUCCACAAACUCAUCAAAAUAUUGCAAGUGCAUCUGAGCCGAUGAUGACUUCACAGCUAGAAUCAAUCAUCAACGAAAAGAUUAAAGCUGUUAUUGCAUCAGAACAUGUUGAGAAAUUUGUGAGCAAGGGUCGCCCGUAUCCAGCUGAGUACGAUCAG